UGCUCCGCUCGUUUCUAACCGUGCCAUUGCGUGAUCGAUAAAGUGUAACAGAGCAAAAGAUUAAUUAUAUUGGUGGAGAAAUUUGUUAGCAAAAAAGGGCAAAAAUGUCUUCAAAUCAAUCAAGACAAGAGCUUGAUGAAAGAGCAAGGCGUGGAGAGACUGUUGUCCCUGGAGGUACUGGGGGCAAGAGCCUUGAAGCUCAAGAGCAUCUUGCUGAAGGGAGAAGCAGAGGAGGACAGACAAGGAAGGAGCAGCUGGGGACAGAAGGAUAUCAGGAGAUGGGCCGGAAAGGUGGGCUGAGCACGACGGACGAGUCUGGUGGAGAAAGAGCUGAGAAGGAGGGCAUCACUAUCGAUGAGUCGAAGUUCAGGACUGGGAGCUAGUGUGAUGAUUAAAACUAUAAAUGGUAUUUUGUAGUAAUAAUAAUAAUAAUGUUGGUAAUAAAGUAUUAGCUUAGCAGUGUACUUUAGUUUAGUAAUGUAGUUUACAUGUGGGUUAAAAUGACUAGGGUUUAGCUAGUAUGUGUGUUGUAACUUUGAGAGGGGUUUAUGGUCGUUCCCUUUCUGGGAGGACUGCUAAUACUUUCUCCCUAUUUGUAAAAUAACCUGCAGUAUAUAUAAUUACCUGUUGGUUAAAAAAAAAAAAA